UAAAUGGUCACGCUACGGUCACACUGUGCGAACGCAACGGAAAAGGCACAAAAUCACAAAUAACGACAGCUGAUACUUCUAAAAAUAAUAUAAGGAAUUAAGCAGUAGUUAAUCUAAUUAACGGGGCUUAAUUAUUUUGUGCUGAAAAAAAGUGUUACAUAAAUGAAUGUGGCGUGCGGAAGUCACUAUUUUGACUCUGUUAUUGAUGCUUUCCAAUCCGUAAACCUGUUUUGGAUGCCGUGAACUCAUCUAUUUAUAUUAACCUUGUGACGUCCAUAGCCAAAAGUAUUAAUCAUAGAUAAUUACCGGACGGAAAAAUGGUUACAACAACGGCGAUUGCGGAUCUGUGCAUCUUCCUGGUGACCUGGAACGUGGGCACCCACUCACCGAGGAACCAGGAGCUGGGUUCCCUUUUGUCCCUCAAUGGGACCACCAACUGUCCGGAUAACCAGCUCCCCGAUAUCUAUGUGAUCGGCUUCCAGGAGGUGAGCACGACGAACCUGAAGAUUUUCCAGGACGAUCCGUGGGUGCUCAAGAUCGCCAGCACCCUGCAGGAUCAUCAAUUUGUCAAGAUAGACUCGAAGCAGCUGCAGGGCAUCCUCAUAACGAUGUUCGCGCAGCACAAGCACAUUCCUCACAUGCAGAGUAUCGAGUCGGCAGCCACGCGCACGGGAUUGGGCGGUCUGUGGGGCAACAAGGGAGCCGUGAGCAUCCGGCUCUCCCUCUACGGAACUGGCGUCGUCUUCGUCUGCUCCCAUCUGGCGGCACACGACGAGAAGCUGAAGGAACGCAUCGAGGACUACAACCAGAUAGUGGACAAUCACAAGUACAGUACUCAGAGAUACCACAGCAUCUUCGACCACGAUGUCGUCUUCUGGUUCGGUGAUCUCAACUUCCGCCUGUCCGGGGAUAUGACCGCCUGGGAUGUGCGCACGGAUGUGGAGAACAUGCGUUAUGCGGAGCUGCUCGAGCUGGACCAGUUGAACAUGUUAAGGGCGAAGGGCAACGCUUUCAGCCUGCUGGAGGAGCAGCAGCCCACUUUUGCGCCCACUUUCAAGUUUAACGAGGGCACCAAUGAGUACAACUUGAAGCGACGACCGGCCUGGUGUGAUAGGAUCCUGCAUCGCGUGCAGAACAACGAUUACAAGGGAAUUACCCUGAGUGCCAAACAGUUGUCUUAUCAGUCCCACAUGGAAUAUAUGCUCUCUGACCACAAACCCGUAUCGGCCACGUUCAACUAUUUGGUGGAUGUCGUUAACCAGACGAUUACCGAUGAGGAACUCCACGAAAUGACGCACGGAGCUGCUUCUACUCCAACCACUUCAAAUGUUAGUUUCACCUUCGCUUUUGUUGUGAUUGUAGCUGUGUCGUUUACUCAACUUUAAUUUCGCUUCUUUUGUAGUUAUUUAAUGCUGAGCUAGAGCAAUGGUAGCGCCGCCAUGACGUCAUUUAAUUGUAAAUCUUUUAAACUUUUUGCAUGCGUAAAGAUAAGAUCUUGGGUCACAUAAUAAUAAUAAUAAUAAAUCUACAGAUUUAUUAAAAGACUUCCCGCGAAACGAAAAUAAUAUCAUGUACAUUGUGAUGGAAUCUCUGCUAAUUAAGCAAUAAUCAAGCAAUUCUCAAGUGAUUUAAACAUAUACAUACUUAGCUUUCAAGUAUCUAAACAUAUACGUAGGUUCAGUCAAUUAAGAUGAGAUUCUGUUAAAGUUGAUUUUUAUUGUAUUAAAGAAAUGUAUUUUUGUACAAAAACCUGUUGAUCGAAUAAAGAAAUCUGUUACCACUCAAUAUGAA